AUGGUACAAUCGAAGAAGUUUCGAGGAGUCCGACAGCGCCAUUGGGGUUCUUGGGUGUCGGAAAUUCGUCACCCUUUGCUCAAAAGAAGGGUUUGGCUUGGAACAUUCGAGACAGCCGAGGAGGCCGCUAGGGCCUACGACGAGGCGGCCAUCCUAAUGAGCGGCCGCAACGCGAAAACGAACUUUCCGGUGCCGGCUAAUCGGGAAACCUCCGUCGUCUCCGCCUCGUCAUCAUCGUCGUCGUCCACGUCAUCGCUGACAUCAGCAAAAUCGGCUUCUCUCUCUUCCAUUUUGAGCGCGAAGCUCCGCAAAUGCUGCAAGUCUCCUUCUCCUUCCCUCACUUGCCUCAGGCUCGACACGGAGAGCUCGGACAUCGGCGUUUGGCAGAAACGGGCCGGGUCGAGAUCCGAGUCCAGCUGGGUCAUGACCGUCCAGCUCAGCAAAAAUAACUUUAGUAAUAAUAACAAUAAUAGUAAUCAUCAAAGUCCGGCGGUUACUGAGAAGCCGGCGGCCGACUUGGUGGUGCCGCCGCCUCCGACGGCGGCGGCCGAGGUGAGGGGAGGGAUUGACGAGGAAGAAAGGAUUGCGUUGCAGAUGAUUGAAGAGCUUCUUAAUAGAAAUUGA